CAACAUAUGCCUCAGGACUGCAGCAUGAUAUAGGGCUGCGACCCACAGACCGACAGACCGACAGAUAACCUGCAGGCGGAAAUAAGGGCAGAAGGCAAUGCAUAGUUCGUCCGGCCUUGGCUGUCGUUCGAAACGAUCCGUAGGAGUGAACCUCCCCGUCGGGAUACUUCUCUGGCCGAUCCCAGACCAGGGCGGGUGUCGAAGGUGUUCCAGACCCUGGUGAAGCCGAGUUUGCUUCUUGCGACACUUGAAUAAAAGCGACAACUCGUGAGGCACUGAGAUCCGGUACCUCGAGCGACUUCUCCAGCAGGCUGCCGGGUGGUCUCCCUCACGCCACACCAGACCUCGGCGAUGGGCCGCCAACAUCACAUGGAGGGAAGCAGACCGGGCCAUGAGAAAUGAAUCAGCCAACGAGCUCUCACCACCAGCUGCGCGAGGAGAGGGGCUUACUAUCCAUCCAUGCUGAUGCCUCGCCCAGCUGACACCAUUGCCCUCCCGCAUGUUGCCGAGGCGCUAGGCUCGUCGCAUGUGCCGUCUGGGCAUAGGUAGGUAGCAUGUUCCCACCGGCGGCCAGCCAGCCCCGGCACUCGCGCGCACACCGCCCAUCCGGACACAGCCACCCUUCUUCAGUGGCCUCUUCGAGCAAUCGGCAUGCCGCGCCCGGGAGGGGAGCUGGGCGACGGCCGAGCUCGACUCGGACCCCGUCGGCCGCAAGAAAUAUAGCGCAUGAUUCAGGCAGACAGCCGCUUUUGCCCGUUGCUUUCCAAAAUGCGACGUGCUACGAGCAGUCUCGAACUUGGCCGUUACAUCAGACGCUACGCAACGGCACAUCUGCUGCUGCUGCUAUCCAUCAUCCAUGUCCCAAUUAUGUCACGCGUAACCACAUAUGCGGCCUGGUCUGUGUGGCUAGGUAUUCCCGCUUACUAUGCUGACCUGGCGUCUGGUUGAUAGGAUGGCUCGAAUGUGGACAGGCUUGUUGGUAUGAAUGCAGCCACCCGAUGUCAUCGACGAGCUGUUGGCGAGCAGAUGCUGUGCUAUAGGGUCAGGUUCUAAUCAAUUCCGUUGCCGCCGCAGAGUUGAAUCCUUGUGGCGUGGAACCGUGGCUAUGGUUGGUGGUAGGUUGCACUUGGGAAAUGAAAAAAGAAACACAGAUUCAUAAGCCUCUGUAAUGCCACCAUGGCGAGGCUCAAACUUGCGCCGCGCGCCUACCGAGGGUGUGUACGAAAUAAGAUCAUGACGGCGGCAGUGCUUGUGCUGUUGGGCUAUGUGGAAGGCCUUUUCAGCCGUUGGGGAAUAUGGCGCGGCUAGGACCGUAGUCGAGACCCGAAUGCGCAAGAUCAAUCGCAAUUGAUGUCCGACUGCCAUUGAGGCGCCUCGCUCGUUGAAGUCCAAUUGACGCCCAAUCAUCCAUUUGAGCGGCGCCUGUCACGUGAGAGGGUACCCAAGCCUUUUGUCUCCAUUUUCUUGUGUUCCAUCCCGGACACAGGUUCAGCGGGCGAGGCGGAGGAAGAGGGCUGAACUGGUCAAAGUAAAAUAUUAGAGUCAAUAAUAAUCGUAAGCGCUUAAAGAUAAUAAAGACAAACAGAGGCCUCUCGUGUUUUGGGCGUCGGACAAUUGUGCUGCGACAGUUCCUUGCUGCGUCAAUCUGGCCCGACCCCACGAGACCUCACGGGCGGAAUCUUGGCGACGCAAGGCUGCCUCUUCUGGGUCUGUUUGGAGCCAAGCCGCCGCUGGAACACCUAUUCAUCAACCUCGGAGCGCCUGGUCGACCUUUGAUGCCUUCGACCGAAGACGUCAUAUCCACAAAGAAAUCACGACAAAGUAUCAUUGUCGGAGCAAGUACCGUCCAAGAAAGCGCGGCCUGAGGAGCAUCACCACGAUCACACCUUCCGGCGUCAUCGACACACCACCUUUCCCGCCUUUAUAUCGCUCCAACGUCGAAAAUGAACCUCUCCACAAGUCUUGAGCCCGAUGAGGCUUUGAAUCCGUACCAAACCCCAAGUAACCUCUCGCAACAACCAACGGAACAACGAAAGGAACAAACACCAAACAACCACGUCAUCAUGUUUAACGAGCGUCUAGUCUUUGGAUUCAGACAGAUUGGUGGCCCCCACAUCAUGAACGGUCUGUGGGAGCCAACCACGGCGUCGCAGAAGGAUGUGCAACCAGUGAUCGACAAGGUCAAGAAGCAGCUCGCAAGGCCGGGCGCCCGCCUGAGCCGGCCCGAGGAGGUGCAGACGCUCGGGAUCGAUGGCUGGGUGAUGAUGGGCUCCCAGAUGGGGCUCGUCUACACCUUCAGCGACCAGUACGAGCCCGUGUCGCUCGCCCACGAGAUGGCGACGACGCCGCGGCCCUCGCGCAAGGACAGGGUCGACCUCGCGGGCAGGAUCGCAAACACGGCCCGCUCGUUACACGUACACCAUCAGAUAAACCACCCGGCCCUGCGCUGCGGGAGCUUUGUGUACCUGCGGCACAAGGCCACGGGCAAGUACAACGGCCCAUACCUCUUGGACUGGUCGCAGCGCCCGGCCGGCCCGAGCCUGUACCAGCACCCCGGAUAUGACGACGGCAGCGGGGGGACGAAGCCGGCGGCGCUCUGGGUCGACCAGGCCUACGCGCUCAUCAUGGUGCUGAGUGAGAUCGUCGCGUGGCGGCCUAUGAACGAGCCGCCGCCGGGCAUCGGCGGGAAGGCGCUGCGCGAUGCGAGGGCGCAGCGAGAGACGGAGCUCAAGAAGGGGAACUGGAGCGCGUUCCCGUGGGCCCUCGAGCGGCUCGUUGGCAGGUCUAGCGAGUACCACGAGAAGGCCUCGCACGCAAACGUCAAGUGGUUCUACGACAAGCUCUGCGACGCGAUUUCUUCGCAGCCGCUGGAGGAGGGCAUGGCCUGAUUACUCGUCGUGGAAUUAGCCGAACCUGUAAACCAUACCAUAGCGAAGGCUGGCCGAGCACCAACGGGCAAAGGGCCGCAACCAGACGCUUACUACCGACGAGGCGAGAAAAGCGGGAAGCGUGGAAGCCAAGUUUGCAUCGCCACGCCCGGAACCAAGCUCCUGCCGAUCCGCCCCACUCUCGAAGCGCCGGGGUGCCCCCUUUUCCCCCUCGGCCCCUUGCAUUCUGCAUGACAGCCGGGACGCCAACUGGAUCUGGCGUUGGGAACAGGGUCCUGACUGGACGUGAGUGGUUGGGGUUGCUGGGGCGCCACCACUUUGACCGAAAGAAAACAUUCAAAAAAGCAAAAUGGCCAAACAGAGGGAUGCCAAACUUGAUGAAGUGAAGGGGAUGUGGCUGUACGAGCAAAUGAUAACAGACUCAACGAUUCAAAAGGGAAACAAAAAGAGUGAAAAAUAAAUAAAUGAAUAAACAAUAUCUGAAAUGCCUGA